AUGCGGAGGACAGCUGCUGCUAACUGGGGUGUCUCCUCACAGAUGCUCAAAAUAUGGUAUUCCACAGUCGCUGAGCGCAUAGCUCUUUAUGGCGUUUCCAUAUGGGGCGUCAAUGUCACGAUUAACAUGCAACAUGCAUUGAACUCCGCGCAAAGACCAUUUCUUCUGGGCAUCUGCAAAGGAUUCCGUACCUCUCCUACAACUGCAUUAAAUGUAUUGGCUGGACUUCCGCCUCUGCACUUGAUAGUACAGAGCGAGAGUGUUGUGGUGAGAGUGAUCAGACUAAAACAAGACGUUACUAUUUGGGGUAAGACUUAUGUAUUCUCGGACUACGAGAAUCACAUUGCCCACUCUCCUUGCCACCCUGCAGACUUCGAUACAGAAGCAAACUACAAUCCUCCAAGUGCAUUACAAUCCUUAGUUGUAUAUACUGACGGCUUCAAAGGAGAACUCGGGACUGGCAGUGCCUGGUGUCCAAUGGAGGGGGACCAAAUAAUCCAUUCCUGGGCUAAGAAGUUUCGUCCCAGUAACUCGGUGUUUCAGGCAGAACUUACAGCCCUUAAGGCAGCUCUGGACUUUACUGUUAACAAGGGUAGGUGUAAAGGUUCCUUCAAGACAGGAAUAAACAGAACACUUGAAGUUUUCUACACAUUUGGAACUAUUGAAGAAGACGUCCAAGAAGAACAAGGGCAUCUGAGCAUUCCACAGCUAGUGGGAGAAUAA